UCUGCUUGAUACCACCCAAAGUCACACCAAGUAGUCCAAACAUUUCCUGUUUCCAGGCAUUGUGUGAUCCUUUCCUCCCUGAGAGUAGGCUAAUUUACAAAUCUAAGGGAAGUCAGCCGCCUCAUGUGGGAGUCUCUCUUUCUGAUGCAAUGACCUCUCUCCCGUAGGCUACACAUAGACUGUAAAUAUUAGCGGUGCGGAAAGAAGAGUACGACAUAUCAAAGAAGAUGAGUGGGAUAAAACGUGUCAUGUUUUUUAAUGUUCUUUUUUAUCUAAAAGGAUUUGCAAAAGGAGGUGCUGCAGAUGUAAAAACAGUGUUUUGUGGUAUUGAAGAGAACUGCACCUUACCGUGCACAUUCCCAACUGGAGAAGAUGUAGUCAUCUCCUGGAAAGAGACAACAACAAAAGAAAUUCUCCUCCACUACUACAAUAACCAAGACCAUCCCAAGAAUAAAGCCCAACGCUUCAGUGGCAGGACGUCGUUGAGCUCUGAAAAAGAGGCCUCACUCUGUCUGACAGGGGUUACAGUUCAGGACGAGGGCCGAUAUGAGUGCUAUGUUAGCAUACCAGAUAGCCCAGCAAAACAGUCAACAAUGGACCUAAAAGUGGACGCUCCGCCACGUAAAGUCAAUAUUCAGCAGGUGGGAAACAGGAUCACCUGCAGCUCAGAGGGGAUCUACCCUCAGCCUGAGCUCACCUGGUCCUCCAGUCCUCCAACCAAUCUGACUGUAGCAGACACACCGACUGUCCAUCAGAAAGAGAAGCUCUACAGCAUCAAUAGCUCUCUGACAGCUCUAAAUGUCUCCAAUCUGGACUACAGCUGCACCAUCAGCACUGGCAGAAACAAGAGGAGAGCAACUUUGUCUAAACCAGCUUUUAUCAACAUUUUCAACACUGAAACCACGAUUUCCUGCAAUCAGAACAUCACAAACACCUCCCCAACAGACUUUACCUGGAGAUUCAACCACAGUGAGGUCAUCCUGAACCGAACAACGGCCAAGGACUCCUACACAGUCCCAGCGGAGUGGAGGGUGUACUUGAAGAGUGUUUCUACGUCAGGCAGCCUCAUUUUGAAAGACUUAACUUCAGAUCAGGAGGGGAUAUACACGUGUGAAGUGAACACAGCUAAGGAGACUUUUGUAACAAACACCUUUCUUAAGGUUUUAAAAGACACCUCUGUUAAUAUUGCGGCAAUUGCAGGUUCAGUGAUUGGAGCCUGUUUGUUUUUGGCAGCAAUCAUCUUCCUAUUAUGGUUUUUCUUCAGAAACGGACAAGGAUACAGGACGGUUAUGCUAAGAAUGGAAAAUCGACAGGACAACAACUGAAAGGAGACGGACAUAAAGUGACAGGAAUUAUAGAAGUUAGAGUGUUGAUGACGUGCACUGAAAGGCCAAGAGCUGGACCCAAACCAAAGCCUACUGUGGUGAAGGCACAGCAUCAAUACAUGAGCCACACACUCUACCAACUUGCUGCCUGGCAUUUCCCUCCUCCCUAUUUGAAUCUGCAUUCUGAUGAUAAAUUCUCAAGACAAAAACAUGACAUUUUGGUUAUGUUUUGUUUGAGCCCUAAGUUUUGUAAUGUUUGCAGACCAGUGAGGGAAUGCUGGAUAAAAACGAUUCCUAUUGAUCUGUGCAUAUGAAGACAUCGGUCACUCUGUACAGUUCUUCAUGAAGAAUGUAUUAAAUGAGUGUCGACAAAUAGUCCAUAGAGAAAUGAAUGUAGAAAUGGAGAGGGAAUUAAACUACGGCUCAUACAAAUGAAGAUGAACAUCUCCACAUGGGAUUAAAGGAUGAAAUAAUACUUGAUGCACUUAUUUUUAACGCUGGAGCACUCUGAAAAAACAACUUUUACUUGUGUUGGAGUUUGGAGAACCAAUUGUUGAAUUGUUGUCUGACCUCACACACACACGCACACACACACACACACAGAGUAUGCAUCUCUGUGAGAGAUUGCAGAGGGAAUGCAUGUAUUUGAACGCACAUUAAUCUGUUGUAGAGUUUGUAAUUCACUGUUUUCUUCUGACGCUCAGGAUGGAAAGCUAAAACUUUGUGACAUUUAAUACAGCUUUGUUUUUUUUUUAAAACAGGCAAGCAUACAAACCAUGAUGAAUUAAUUGCUUCUUGGUUGAUAAUCUACUGAAAAACCAUCAGGAUUUAAAUUCUAGAUGGACAUCGGGCCAUAGAUUAAAGAAAAACAAUGUACUUGACAGUAGAUUAGCUAGAUUAGAUGGUUCACUGAUUGGGUGAUUCUAAAUUGAGGCAGUCUCU